AAAUGGAGGCGAUCGGCGGGCAAACGUUUCAUUACACGCUUUGUAAUGUUAUUUCCCAUGGACACUUUUCACUUUUUGAUUUCCAUGUCACGGAUGUUGGCGAGGGACUAACAAAAAUUCGUACGACUGUGUGAACGGAGAGUGACGACGACACGAGGGAUUGUCCAACGAGAGUAAAUGAGAGGUGUGCUCUUCUGCUGGCUUUCUGGAUUUAAAAAAGUUGUCAUUUAUUGGACACAGCUGUGACAUUUCAGUUCAACACUUUUCAUGAUACACUCACAACCUGCAUAAGACGGCACACAGUACAGACACAUUGCCACGAUGGAGGAACAGCAGCAGGAGGAGGCAGAAGGCGUGUACGUGGAGCACCAGUACAUGUGCAGCGAGUGCCACCAGCUCUUCAGCACGCUUGAGGAUGUGCUGAUCCACCAGCAGAUCCACAUCGGUCAAGACGGGGAGGGGGAAGGUGAGGUAGGGGAGGCCAUGACCAUCCACCCCGAGAUGGGACAGAGCCAGCAGUAUCAGUGUCUGGAGUGUGGGAGCCUCCUCCUAAACCCAGAGGAGCUGCUGCAGCAUCAGGAGAUGCACAUGAGAGAGGCUGGGAUGGAGGUAGAGCAACAAGAGCUGGAGGCAGAGGAAGCCGGAUCAGAGACUCCAGUGUCUGGACCGGUUCAAUACCAGUGUCUUGAUUGUCUUGCUCUGUUUGAUUCCCCGGACACUUGGCUGGAGCACCGAGGAACUCACAGCAGGAGCAGCACACACAGUAACACAGAGACCACAGAGUAUGUGUUACAGCCGGAUGGCACCGUCACUCCACUGAACAAUAUGCCAAAUUACGUGCUGAGUGAGCAGCAGGCGGGAGAGAUCUUGGCACAGGUACUUGCCCAGCAGCAGCAGCAGCAGCAGCAGCAACAACAACAGAAGAGACGUCAGCCUCUCUCUAAACCUGCUGCAUCGUCCCGCUCCUCCCUGCUGCCUCCUGUGACUCCGACUCCAGGCUCCGCCACCAUGCACCUGCAAAUUCUUACAGCUCAGGCUCUGGCAGACAACUCCACUCCCACUCAGCGUCGCUCCAAGCUGCCCCGUCUGUUGCCUGCAUCGAGCCGAAGCUCUUCUGCAAAGCUGGGAGUCCUGGAGAAUGGUGUCCAGAGACUGGAAUUAAGACUGGCCCAGAGCGUCCACGCCGACAGCCAGCAGCAGCAGCCAACGGAGGUGGUGGUCAUCCACCCUUAUGAAUGCUCAGAAUGCUCCCUUCUCUUCCAGACCCCAGAGGACUUCCUGCAGCACCAGGGGGAACACUUCUUGGGCCAGGACAAAGAAAGCGGGGAGCCAGGGGUCAUGAGCGGCUUCGAGGAGGUGCGAGGGAGGGAAGAAACUACAGAGAAAGUGGAAGACGUCAGAGUUAGAGUAGCUGAGAAGAAAACAGCAGUCUGGGCCAAACCCCAACAAUGUGAGCUUUGCAACCGCAGCUUCACCUCAGUCAAUCGGUUGGCUGCUCACAAACGUGUGCACGAGCAGGGCACGCACGAAUGCCCAGAAUGUGGUAAGGUGUUCAAGAAAGCCACAUCACUGCAGACCCACAUGCGCACACACUCAGGCGUUGCCCGGUAUCUGUGUGUGGACUGUGGUAACGGUUUUACCACUGAGAUGACUCUGAUCAUGCACAGGAAGUCCCACACAGCAGACCCCCUCCAUAAGUGUCAGUUCUGCAACAAAACUUUCACCAACAUGACAAAGUACCUCUACCACCGUCGAACCCACCUCAACCGCGAUACAUCUGGCGUGCCCCUCUCUGUCUCUGCGGUGUCAGCUCCAAGAAGAGCAUCUGCCUCUGCUCUUUCCAUCCUCCAGAGAGCAAGAGAGAAUAAGAAUCCCCACAGGGCUGAGGAAAAACUCAACCUGCUGGCCCCUCUCACAGAGGAAGAGAUGGAAGCACUGGGGGAUCCAACACAAAGUUCUCCGAGCAUAGUGGAAGGAGGCGAGGCUGAAAAGGAGGGGGAGCACAGCAACAUGGAGGUGUCAGAGCCACUCCAAGGAAACUCUGCUGACCUCCAGCACGCAGAGGAUGCCAACGUGUCAGCUUCAGACAUUCCUCCUCUGAAUGAGGCCGUCAGGUCUAAUCCCGCCGACUCCGCUGAAGCUGCUUCGUGCACGUCAUCAGACAAAGGGCCUUAUUCUUGUCAUUCGUGCCCUAAAACUUUUCCCUCCCAGCUACAGGUAGUACACCAUCGACGCAAGUCCCAUGUCACAGAGCGCAGCUUUAUAUGUGGCAUCUGCGGAAAGUCCUUUAAGAAGCAGAUCCACGUACGAAACCACAUACGCACACAUACCGGUGAGAGGCCCUUCCAGUGUUCUGACUGUGGCAAAACGUUCUCCUCUUUAGCCAAUCUGAUGAGGCACAAUCUCAUCCAUUCUGGUGUGCGCCCAUACCGCUGUGAUGUCUGCCAUCGCUCCUUUUCCCAGUCAUCCAACCUUCGUCAGCACAGCCUGCUGCACUCUAGCGCUGCGACGCUUAGCUGCCCCGACUGCCCCGCCACCUUCCGCUGGCCCACCAAGUUAGCAGCACAUCGCUACACCCAACAUCCAGGAGCUCCGGCCCCAUUCCCCUGUAUUCACUGUGAUGCCGGCUUCCUAACCAGGAGGCAACGAGACAGCCACUGUCUAGAGCAGCACCCGACGCUGGUGCAGGCCAAUGCAGGGCCAGAGGUGAGCAAAGAGACCCACUACCAAGUGGAGCUGGGUAAGGAUGUGACCUCGGAGCCCUCUAGCUCAACAACAGGGGGAGCAGAAUCAGGGGAUUCAGCCGGUCUUGUGAGGGGGGGCUUGGAUUGUAACAUCUGUGGGAAGAAGCUCAAUUCUCCUGCCAACUUGCGACUUCACAGACUGAGCCACUUCGCCUUGGGCCCUGGACGGCCUCGGUGCAACCCAGGGAAGCGGCCUAAAGCUCACCAGUGCCCCGUUUGUGGCAAACUGUUUGUGUCUUCCUCUGGAGUCGCGCUUCACCAACGAGUCCACACUGGCGAACGCCCGUUCCCCUGCCAAGUGUGCGGAAAGCGCUUCCGUCAGAACACACACCUGCGAGAGCACCUGCGCACACACUCUGGCGAACGGCCUUUUUGCUGCGAGGUGUGCGGAAAGGGUUUCAUCCAGAGUAUGCACCUGGCUGAACAUCGGCGGACGCACACAGGCGAACGGCCACACGUGUGCCCGCUUUGUGGUAAAGCCUUCAAGACCUUCUCCAACCUCAGGAACCAUAAGAAGACCCACACGAGGCAGCAGAGGCUGGAUGAGGAGGCUGCUGCCCAGGCUACCCUGGAGACCAGCUCUUCUGUGGCUGUGAUAGAUGCUUCUACAGUGGAACUAGCUAAUGGGCAGCCACAGCUAAUCCAGAUCCAAACCUCUGAUCUACAGCAGGCGCAGGGCACCCCCACCAUUAUGUGUAAUGAGUUCGGGGAGACCAUUGCCAUCAUCGAGACCAGCGAGGGAGGAGCGCUGCCUCUGGAGCAGGCCCUGGAGAUCUACCACACGGCUUUGGAGAACGGCCUCGCCAUGGACGCAGUCGCUGUGGACGGACUGCAGCUCCUCUGAGGAGGAGUUAAAGCCAACAAAAAAAAAAAACAGAAUUUAUUCUUGAGAUCUAUUGUGGAAUUCAUAAGACCAAUGCGAGUCUUAAUCCUGAUUGAAACAAAGACUAAUCGACUACUGUGAGAAUGAGUAUUCAGUUGUGAUCUACUGGAACCAGAUGAUAAUGUUCUGGACAAGAGUGCUAAGUUAAUAAAAAUUAAUUUCAGCAAAAAGACCAAAGUAUGUCAGCGUCUCUCUUUUACAAAGCUAAGAGAGGGAUCAGUAUUGAAGUGUACAGAAGUGAUGCAUAUUAAAAUGUAUGAUGUGGUAUUAACAAGGAAUAAGGACCAUUGGUUGUGCCUCAGAUUACAUUUGUACAAUUUAAUUUAAUCAUGUUGAUGACACUGAUGUGAUUUUCUUGUGUUUAAAGGUUCGAAGGUCAACCUGUUUGAAAUAAUCGAAUAAAUGUUUUUUCAAGAUCAUGUAA